GGGUAAAGUGGUCAAAACUUGCUGGCUGGUCCAUGGGUCUCAGUAAUACCUGCUGCAUAUUGGUGCGGGGUGGCUGCAAAACAAAAAGGCUAUAAGGGAUCCAUCGUAUCUAGUUAUUAGUACUUCCUCGCAAUAUUUCUGGUUCCUGAAUUCGGAGCAACUUAAAAUGAAUCUCACGAGAAUCGAUCUUUCCGCUUCGAAUCUUGGCCUUUGCGCCGUCGGCACAUUGUUGAGCUGGUAUCUCAUCACGUCUAUCGUUGCGUGGUACCGCCUGCGGCACAUCCCAGGACCUUUCCUGGCAUCAUUCUCCUACCUUUGGCUUGCCGGUGUUGCCCAGAGCGCUCGUCAGUACUAUGUGCACAAGGAUCUUUGCAAGAAGUACGGGCCAUUGGUCAGAGUUGGACCGAAUGAAUUGACAACAGAUGACCCGGAAGUUCUGAAGCGAAUGCCGGCAGCGAGAAGCCUUUACGACCGGGACGCGUGGUAUCUAGGAGCCAGGUUCAAUGCCCAUCAUGACAGCCUCUUCACUAUGAGGGACAGAGCUGGUCACACCGAGCGGAAGGCCAAGGUUGUAAGUGGUCUUGCCGGUCGAGAAACGCCGCUAAUUGAAGCGGGCGUCGAUGCUCAAGUGACUACUCUUAUUGAGGUGAUCCGAGAAAACUAUCUUUGGGAUCCGUCUAGCAAACAGAACAAACUGCUGGACUUUGCGCCCCUUAUCAGCUAUUUCACAAUGGACGUGAUAUCAAAAGUCGCAUUCGGCGAAGAGUUCGGAUAUUUGAAAGCCAACGCGGAUCUCUUCGACUUCUUACGUGAGGUACGAGACAGCUGGCCACGACUAGCCAUGGCUGUCGACGUGCCAUGGAUAAGAAACGUGCUGUUCUCUAAAUUGUUCUUGAAAUUUUUUGGCCCAACAGAAAAGGACGAGAAAGGCAUGGGGAAAUGUAUUGGUAUAGCGCAGAAGUUCGUCGAGAAAAGAUUUGAACCCGAUGCAGACCAACAGAAUGACCUUCUGGGGACUUGGAUUCGUAAUGGUCUAUCUCGAAAAGAGUGUGAAGUUGAUGGCCUCCUCAUGAUAAUUGCGGGAAGCGACACUACGGCAUCCACGAUUCGUAUCACCAUGCUGUAUGUUAUGACAUGCCCGCAAGUAUAUCAGAAGCUCAAGCACGAAAUCGACACUGCGGUCCGUGAAGGCAGAGCUUCAAGCCCCAUCUCAUAUGACGAGGCGAGGAGGCUGCCCUAUCUUCAGGCUGUCAUUUACGAGGGACUUCGUCAGCGCCCACCAGCGCCAGGUCUGUACCCCAAAUCGGUACCUCCGGAAGGUGACUAUAUCCAUGGCAAAUUCAUCCCUGGAGGUACGGCCAUAGGGAUGAACACCGCCUCCUUGUUCUCUUCGACAACACAAUUUGGUGUCGAUGCAGGUAUCUUCCGCCCAGAGCGCUUCACUGAAGCUAGUGAGGAACACCGAGAACACAUGAAGAAGACCAUCGAGCUGUGCUUUGGGCAUGGUCGCUUCAUGUGUGCUGGCAAGCCUGUAGCGUUCAUGGAGUUAAACAAAGCGUUCUUCGAGCUUCUGCGCCAUUUUGACUUCCAAUUGGUGAAUCCCACAAAGCCAUGGGAGUCGCGAAGCUAUAGCGUAUUUGUUGAGGAGAAUAUGUGGGUCAAAGUUACGAAAGCCAUCAAACAGUGAAUGACAGUAUCAGAAGGAAGUACGUAUGGAAUCGCGCACAUUCCGAACCACAUUACGAUCUCCGGCUCGGGUGAGAACAGUAUGUGGAACUUCAACUAUAACUGAAGGUCGUUGAGAGUAGACAGAAACUGGAAUAGCUCAUUCAUUAUGCAAAUCGACUACAGGCGCCGGCCAUGAUAGGAUGUUGGCCCAAAUGCGAGGCCGGGCCGCUACAUUUUCAACAUACCAUGACGAUUAAUAUAGUUAGCGCGCCGUCGGCAACACUGAUAGCUUACGUAUGUUACAAAUAUGAUGGUCUAAGAAUGGUGUUCCAAGC